GUUAUUGAUAACAAACAAGAUGAAUAACGUCAAUGUUAUAAUAGUAAAAAUGCGAUCGAAAUCGAGCAAAAAUGGGAGGAGGAAAACACGUAUAUGUUUUAAGCUUAAGUUGUCUAAGACCAGUCGUUUUGGAUUCGUCGAAACGUUCAAAUUAUGACGAGGAUUACUUUUUUGUUGCUCGUUCACGCGUUUAGUGCGACGCAUUGCGCAAAUAUACUUGGUGUCACUAGUCUAAUAUCGCACAGUCAUCAUAUAUGGAAUGAAAAAUUGGCGGAAGGAUUGUUGAAAAAUGGACACAACAUUACGCUGCUAUCGCACGAUAAGGCCAAGAUCAAGCACUGGAAUUACACGGUCAUUCACCUCGAAGGUGGAUACGAGAAUAUUCAAGAACUAUUCAAUUUCGAAGAAAGCUUUUCUCAACCGGAGUCGUUAGAUAUCCCCAAUUUCUGGAAAAUGCUUGGUACAGUAUGCGCUCACGACUUAUCUACAGAGGGUCUAAAAACCCUAAUGAAAUACCCGGAGGACUACAAAUUUGAUUUGAUCAUAUGGGAUUUAAACGCCGGCGAAUGCCUUUACCCAUUAAUUAAACGCUUCGGAAAUCCACCGGUCGUUGGGGUAUCGCCAUUUGGAUUACAGCCUUACAUCAGUCACAUGAUGGGACAUCACUAUUUCAAUUACAUCCCGUUUUACGGUACAUCAUACUCGGGUCGAGCCAUGUCCUUCUGGGAUCGUCUCACGAAUACAUUUUCCAUAAACUACCUCACCUACCUGAGAAUCAAUUCUUACUUACCGAAGAUGCGGAUGUUAGCAAAAGACCAUUUCGGAAGCUCUCUAACAGAACCACCGGUGGAAGUUGAAAGGAAUUUUUCUUUAGCAUUGGUGAACAGCGAUGCAAUCUUUAAUUUCCCCGAAGCCGUUGCGCCGAAUAUAAUUUCCGUCGGAGGAUUGCACAUCGAACCGGCUAAGUCCAUUCAGAAGGACUUGAGGAAGGUUUUCGAUACAACCCACGGCGUUAUACUCUUUUCUCUCGGCUCCAAUAUCCAAGCCGAAUUUCUUAACAAAAAUAUGAUGGAUCAUUUCAAUCGCUGCUUCGAAACGCUUCCAUACACCGUCAUUAUGAAAUUCAAUAAUACGCAUCACAGAAAGUUUCCGAAGAAUGUAAUUACAAGACCUUGGUUACAAAUCAACGAUAUUUUGGGCCACCCGAAAACGAAACUUUUCAUUUCGCAUGGAGGAGCUUUGAGCACGCAGGAGGCUAUGUACCAUGGCGUGCCGAUAAUUGGAAUGCCUUUCUUUAUAGAUCAAAUUGGAAACAUUGCUAAACUGGUGGAGAGGAAAAUCGCCGAGAAGCUGGAAUUCGACAAGCUUUCGCCGGAGCAUAUCUGUCACAAGAUCACGACCGUGCUUGAAAAUUCCAAGUAUUAUGAGAACGUGCAAUUAAUUUCGAAAAGAGCCAAGGAUCAACAGAAUACACCUUUGCAGAGGGCCGUGUUUUGGAUUGAAUACAUUCUGAGGAACGGUGAUGGGGAACAUCUUAGUUCGGCGGCUAGAGAUAUGUUUACAUUUCAGACCCUCAACUUUGAUAUACUUGUCUUUGUUGCCGUCGUAAUUGCAACCGCACUAGCUCUAAUUAACUUAUCCUGCACCAUCUUUCAAAAGCAGAGAAUCAAAUUUAAGGUCGGCUGA